AUGCUCUCCAACAUCGCUUCCAAACUAGGCCUCACCUCCAAACCUGCUUCAACAUCCAUCCUCAAACCUCGCAACCCUUCAGCAAAUAUGUUCGUCAAAGUAGACUACACAUCCAAUGAUGUCCCCAUCCCAGACUCAUUCCUUACUUCUGCCCCUCCUAAACCGAUAACGGCGCAUCAUAUCGACUUUGCCACGUCGUCUCUUCCUCAGUACAAGGGCCACACCGCCAUCGUUCUGGAUAAUGUUCUCACGCCUGAUGAGUGCCGUGAGUUGAUUUCUCUAGCUGAGGCUUCUGUACCGCGCGCUGAUGAGAGUGCGUCGGCGUGGAGACCGGCUUUAGUGAGUGCCGGACCAGGGGUGGAGUCUCAUGCACCGGGCUAUCGGGAGAGCGAUCGCAUUAUCUGGGAUCAGCAGACCAUUGUUGAUCGUUUAUGGGAGCGCUGCGCUCUGUCCGAAGGGUUGCGUGAUCUCCUCGCCGCAGUCCCGCCUCAGCCUUACUUGGGGAGUGGAAAAUGGGUGUUUAGCCGCUUCAACAACAGAAUGCGGUUUCUUAAGUAUUCGCCCGGGCAAUUCUUCAAACCUCACUGCGAUGGUUCAUACUACUAUACUGAAGGUCCUGGCACGGAGUUCGAGACCUACUACACUGUCCAUCUCUACCUCAACGACUCUGUUGAGAAUGAUCCAACGGCAGAGCUCGAAGGCGGCGCAACUUCGUUCCUUGACAGGAAAGAGAACCGAGUUGAUGUCAACCCCAAGGCUGGUAGUGUCCUAAUCUUUCAACAUGACGGAUUAUACCAUGAAGGAGCGUUGGUAAAGAAGGGGACGAAGUACACUAUGAGGACAGACAUUCUCUACGAAUGGGUGCCUGACAUGGACGCAAAGGACGAGUAA